AUGGCGGCAGCCAACACCCCAACCCCAACCCGGCCCCUAUCCGGCCACCGCCCCCUCCUCGGCGUCUCCACCAAGAUGUACUUCACCCACGCACGCACCACCGCCUUCACCCGCACCCUCCUCACCCACCUGAUCUCCACACCCCGAGCCGCGGAAGUGCUCUCCUCCAUCGACGCCUUCCUCAUCCCCGACUUCAUCUCCCUCCCCGCCGUCCUCGCCGCCAUCACCACCACCACCACACCCUCCGGUCUACCCAUCACGAUCGGCGCGCAGGACUGCGCGGCGGCCGAUUUCGGCCCCUUCACCGGGGAGGUGUCGCCCGCGGUGCUGCACGAGGUCGGGUGUGGGAUGGUGGAGCUGGGCCACGCGGAGCGGCGGGCGCUGUUUGGGGAGACGGAUGGCGACGUCGCGGCCAAGGCGGGGGCGGUGGUGCGCAAUGGGAUGGUGCCGCUUGUUUGUGUGGGGGAGAAGCGGGGUGGGGGUGGUGAAGGGGAUGGAGAUGGGGAUGGGGAUGGGGAUGGGGUGCGUGCGGCCGCGGAGGAGGUUGGCAGGCAGGUGGCGGCGGUGUUGGGGGAGUUGGAUCCCGAGGCGGAGGUUGUGUUGGCGUAUGAGCCCGUUUGGGCGAUUGGGGCGCCUGAGCCGGCUUCGGCGGCGCAUGUGAAGGGGGUAGUGAGACGGCUUAGAGAGAGUGAGGUUGUUAAGGCGAGAAAAGGGUUGACGAGGAUUGUGUAUGGCGGUGCGGCAGGGCCGGGGUUGUGGGCCCAGCUGGGAGGUGAGGUAGAUGGUUUAUUUUUGGGGCGGUUCGCGCAUCAGCCGGAGCAGUUCGUGAAGAUGCUUUACGAGGUUGGCGGUCGAAGCAUCAUGGGCUCUUCCAAUGACAACCGAACCAUUGCACUGGAUAUCUCAUCAACCAAACGAUCAAACGAUCAACCGUCACCGAAACCAACCUUCCUCCCCAUUGCUGAAUUUCGGCAACCCAUCUCCCGCACAAGCAUGGAGAACACCCCUGUGCGAAUGCCGGAGGCAAUACGGGUUGCCAAGUUACAGAUGGCGGAGGACGGUGGCCUCCCAUCUUCGGUAAAUACCGGAAAGUCGCGCUUUUUUCAACCCGUUGGCGGGUUUGAGUCAACACGUCGGACCGGGACCUGGGGGGGUUUUGUCUCGUCAGCUUCAACAUAUCUGAAUGAACUCCGUAAUCUGCUUUUCAUCCAGGCGCUCGGUAUAUACUCUUUUCUUCGGGUUCAGUUGAAGAAGCUGGCGGGCGCCGUUACCAAGCUUGCCGGCCUCGCUGGCUUUGCCAUCGCUUGUGUUGCCUUGUGGUCGGCACUCUCUUCCAUGCACGAUACCCGGCAAGCUUUGGUGCUGGCCCAGUGGACCGCUAGAAAAGACUUCCUGCAGUACUGCCACUCGGUGCGAGAAACCACCUGA